AGGCUCACACCCCCAGGCUCACACCCCCAGGAUCACACCCCAGGAUCACACCCCAGGAUCACACCCCAGGAUCACACCCCAGGAUCACACCCCAGGCUCUCACCCCCAGGCUCCAGGGCGGGCAGAUCCACAGGGCCUCAGGGUCCCUGCGCUACUGCUCUUACCGCUCUUGCCUGUGCCUUGUCCACGUGUCCAUGCUGUGGCGUGGUCAGGAGAGCCUCUGGGAAUUGCCGACCAGGUUUGGGAAAGCAUAUCCGUUCCCUCCAUUCUGGAACCCUAGGUCAGCACCCUGGAGCCGCCGGUGGCCCGUGUCAGGACCGGGGGCCCUGGCAGCCAGCCCCAGGGUGCAGCGCAGGCUCCUCCACACACAGCCUCGGCUUGACUCGCCUGCUCGUGCCUUCCAGAGAUGUGGAAUACAAGGAGCUCCAGCUGUCUGUGGACCAGGUGUCCACCUGUAAGUCUCAGGACUCCUGGAGAACCCCCGUGUCUACCUCACACGAGACCAGAAAGCCAGCGAAACCCAAAAGCUCGAAGAUGAAGACGAAGCUCAGAAUAAGCCCAUACCCCACACAGCAGUACGGCUCAUUCCAGAUGGACAGACUGGAGUGUGGCCAAGUGGGGACCUGGAGAGGCAGCCCCCCCCCAAGUUCGGGACCUCCGGAGCAGCACCUCCACGCGGACGGCGGUGACCUCUUGUACGGGCCUCCCUACGGCCUCCCGUUCUCCUACCACUAUGGACACUUCCCUCUGGACCCCCCCGUCUUCAGCAGCAAGAAGCCAGGACUGCCCACCAAGUUCGGGCAGCCCCAAGGACCCCCGUGUGAGGUGGCACGCUUUUUCCUGAGCACGCUGCCAGCCAGCAGCGAGUGCCAGUGGCGUUACGCCAACCCCCUCGUGCCCAGCAGCCCAUCGCCAGCGAAAAGCCUUUCCGAGCCUCUUGUGAGUGCCGGCCGGCAUGGACAUGUGCCAAACUAUGAAGCGCCCAGGUUCGGCGACGACCCGGCCGCGCCCAGCUUCCCGAGCUGCGGCCACUACCGCGAGGAGCCGGCGCCGGGCCCCGCCAGGGCGGCGCGCCAGGCGCCCCGGGACACAGCCCGGCCGCUGCCCCGGGGGCCCCCCGAGUGCUGCGCGCCCCCC